CCCGCACUUGACGCCUUGCACCCGUGGACGUCGAAGUACUGGAACGUUUGGGCCCGAAGUUACGUGUUAAAGAACGAGUGUCUACUCCCAGUCAAAGUUUGUUGGCUUUUCCCCCAUAUCUGUGGACAAAUAGCCACGAUGAAACUAGUUGGAUUAACAGUGGUCCUCGUCAUGGGCUUGGCCCAGGUCAUGACGGUCACUGCCGUUGGGGAAUGCGCUGCCAACGGUAAUUGCAAUGGCAAUGGUGUGUGUUCUGACGAAGGAUUCUACGGCGACUAUACAUGCUCGUGCAACGAUAACUUUGAAGGAAGGGACUGUGAAAUUCCGUCAACCAUAACGAGAUGUGGUGAAAACAUCGAUGAGAUGAAUGCAGUGAUUGAGAGUGCACAUCCAAUCGGCCAUCGAGUUUACUGUGCCUUCUAUGUGAACAUACAUGGCGUUAAUAAAAUCAACCUGACUGUGGACAGUUUUGAUUUUGAAGCGGAAAAAGAUGUCCUAGAAUACGGUGUAGGACCUACAGUUGCGGUCGGUCCAGUGUUAGAGUUUGACAAUAACGUACCAUUCAACAUCGAACAGGUCCAGGGGAAUAGUUUCUACCUAGCCAUCUUCACUGACAAGAACAUCUUUAGUGAUGGCUUUCGCAUAAGCCUUUCUGCUGACGGAGAUGACUGCCUGAGUGUUAUGACUCCCUGUCAAAAUGGUGGAGCCUGCAUUGAUGGAUGGCAAAAUUACACCUGUGAUUGCCCACCGGGCUUUCAGGGAGAGUUCUGUGAAAUAGACGUUGAUGACUGCAGAUCAGUGCCGUGUCAGAACGCAGGAACCUGCAACACCCUGCUUACCGGCGGCUACACGUGUGACUGUUUAAUAAGUUACACUGGAACCAACUGCGAGACAGGUGUCGUCAUCGUGGACCUUACAACACCAUCCGUCUCGAGUAUAUACCAGGUAUACGAGGGGCUCACUGCUCAAUCUCUAACAUUUGAUCUGACCUUUUCGCCUUCACCACUGAACACUUUCUCUAUCGGUGGAGGUUCCACUUCGGGUCUCUGGCAGGUCAACGGUUUCUUCUCCCCAAGUUCCAACGGGCUGACCAUGGUUGGAGGCCAGACACUCUCGCUUUCAGCUGCUCAACAGGCAACACUCUGGAACCCUCCUUCGGAUACAACUAUCAGCUCGAUUCAAGCUACUUCAAUUUCCGUGCCAUCGGGUGUCCUCUGUUCCGAUAUGCAGUAUUUCUGCGCUCGUCUUGAGAAAGGUUCUAACCCUUCACCCAACUUUGAGCUCAUCGGCAGUCCCACAGCUAGCGCUCUUCUCGGUUGUACUCCAGUAACUUGCAGAGGUGUUGAAAUAAGUGGCUCAAGUCUUGCCAUUUCAUCAGGCCAACUGCUGGAAGGAAUUUCUGGACAGACGGUCACUGCAAAUUUCAAUUUGCAAUCAGUGGCCGGUUCUGGGGGUGUUAGUGGCUCCAAUCUUUGGCAAUUUACAGCCUUUGCCAGCCAAAACGCCGACGGAAGUGGCGCACGAUCAUUUACCAGCAAUGUUCCAGUUAGUGCAGCCCUUGGACGUACAGGAGUUACCUCUGGAUCAGUUUCCCAAUUUAACAGUCUCAGUUUCAACAUGGAUCUGUCCGGCAAUAUCAACUGUGACAGCGUGCCAUACAUCUGCAUAACUGCUGCUAAAAGCCCAAGCGCAAAUCCAGACUUCUCUAUUACCGGAGUACCCAAUAACGAUGUUUUCACAGCAUGUCAACAGGUUUCGUGUAGAGGUGUGGAACUCACAAGCUCAUCCGCCAGUGUGUCCGGAUUCGUUCGCGAAGGCUUAAGCAACAACCUUCCAUUCUCCGUCUCCAUCGGCUCCAAUUCACAGGCUGGAACUGCAGUCGGAAGUGGGCUCUGGAGAGUCACCGCAUUUGCCAGUGGAAACUCUCUUGGAGCGGGCACACGAUACGGGCAAAGUGAUAUUCUCCUCAACAGUUUCCAGGCUGGAACGACUCUCAAUGCCGGUUCAACUGAAACAAUCUCGUCUUUAAGUUUCCCACUGAAUCUGGCAAAUGGUCCAACCUGCUCAGAGCUCGGUUACGUCUGUGUCAUCGUUGAGAAAGGAGACAGCCCCUCCCCUGAUUUUGAUCUGACGCCGGCAUCAAUAACAACAUGUACCCAGGUUGAGUGCAGAGGUGUGGAAAUAUCCAGUAACUCACUUACCUUCACAUCAGGCAGCUUGCGGGAAGGCGUCUCUGGACAGUCUGUGGUCUUCAACCUCCAGAUGAGUCCAACUACCACUUCUGGUGCUGUGAGUGGGUCAAAUCUCUGGAGGUUCACUGCGUUCGGCAGUGCUGACUCCGCUGGAAUCAAUCCAACGACGUCUACUUUCAAUGUGGGUUUGAAUGGACAAGGAAAUGUAGGUGUCACCCCAGGGUCGCAAUCGUCAUUUUCAGGCUUAAACUUUCCGCUAGAUCUCUCAGGCAAUAUUAAUUGUGAUGAUGUGCCCUAUAUCUGUGUAACGGCAGCCAAGGGACCGUCGGCAAGCCCAGACUUUACACUCAGUGGCGUACCUAAUGACGAUAUCUUCACAACUUGUCGACAAGUAUCAUGCAGAGGUGUUGAAAUAUCAUCGACAUCAACAACUGUGACUGGAAGCGUAAACGACGGACAGAGCAACAAUGUGCCCUUUUCGAUCACCCUCAACCCAAAUAGCAACGGCGGUACUGCUGUUGGAACCGGACUCUGGAUGAUCACCGCCUUCGCUAGCGCAAAUUCCGACGGGUCUGGUUCUCGAUAUGACGCAAGCACUAUCAAUCUUUCCCCUUCACAAGCUGGAACAACGUUAAACUAUUUUUCUUCGGCUUCAAUCAGUGGAUUGACUUACCCUCUGGACUUGAGCAAUGGCCCAGCGUGCUCUAUGUUCUCAUACAUCUGUACCGAGGUGGUAAGGGGAACAAGCCCAUCACCUGACUUCACGUUGACACCUACAAGUAUCAUAUCGUGCACCCCGGUUGACUGCAGUGGUGUCCUCAUCAUUUCAUCGUCCCUCUCUGCUCCAUCAUACGUGCUCGAAGGAGAGAGUAAUACCGUGGAUUUGUCUAUCUCGCUUACUUCUGAUCCCACCGGUGGUAGCGCCACUGGUACAGGACUGUGGAAGGUUACAGCAUUUGCCAGUUCUGAUUCGCAAGGGAAUGGCCCACGAUAUGAUUCCCAAACUCUCACUCUGAGCACAACCCAGGGAGCAACACCUCUGAAUCCAGGAGUACCAGCUACCAUCAGCGGACUAUCGUAUGUCUUGGACACGCGGAAUAGCCCCACUUGUUCCCAGUUUGAUUACAUUUGCGUGGAGGUAGAGAAGGGGGACAACCCAUCACCGGACUUUCAGUUGGAGCCUACCACCACCACCGCAUGUACCCAGGUUGACUGUAGAGGUGUGGAUAUCAGCCAGUUAUCGAUAACUCUGGACAGCAGCGAAGUUUUCCAUGGUCAGACCAACAACGUCAUAAUGGAUAUCUUGGCUACAGCAAACGGUAACUAUGGUAGCAUUUCGGGAAACAACCUGUGGGUCUUAACAACAUGGCUCAGCAAUAACCAGCUUGGCAGUGGGAGAAUCGAGGAGGACAACCCAACCUUGAGGUCAGACUUGGUGACUUUACCCGUUAAUUCCGGCCAGACUGCGGUAUUCAUGGACGUGAACUACUUACUGGACCUCACAGUAUCUCCCACGUGCAACCAAUUUAGUUACGUCUGCGUUGAACUUGCGAGGAACCCUGGGGCUUCUGUUGACUUCGAGCUGACAGGCGACCUCAUGGCGUGCACUCCCCUUACAUGCACAGAUAUCGAUGAAUGUGAAAGCGGUCCUUGUAUGAAUGGAGGAACAUGUAACGACCUUGUCAACGGAUACACAUGCAACUGUCGUGCAGGAUUCACUGGUGUUUUCUGUCAGAUUAAUAUCAACGAGUGCUUGAGCGGUCCUUGUCAAAAUGGUGGAACCUGUUUCGAUCGAGUUAACAGCUACAUGUGUCAAUGUGUGCCUGGCUUUACUGGAAGCAACUGCCAAAUUGACAUCAACGAAUGCCUCAGUUUCCCAUGCCAGAAUGGUGCAGCGUGUAGCGACCUGAUCAAUGCCUACUCAUGCGCAUGUCUCCCUGGGUAUACAGGACCCCGUUGUGACACAGAUAUCAACGAAUGUAACAGUUCCCCUUGCCAAAACGGAGGUACCUGCUCAGACUUCGUUAACCAAUACCAAUGCCAGUGUAUCCUUGGAUUUACUGGGACCAACUGUGAAACCAAUAUUAACGAGUGUGCCAGUAUUCCUUGUCGUAACGGAGGGACAUGCACCGAUUUAAUCAACAUGUUCACCUGUGCAUGCCAGCCUGGGUUCACCGGCACCUAUUGCGAGAUCGACAUCAAUGAAUGCAGCAGCAACCCAUGUUCGCAGGGAAAUUGCAUUGACAGAGUUAAUGCAUACGAGUGUGUCUGUUUCGCUGGUUAUACAGGAGUAAACUGUGACAUCAAUAUUAACGAGUGUGCUAGCAGUCCCUGCCUGAACGGAGCACAGUGCGUCGAUGAGGUGAACAUGUUCAGAUGUGUUUGCGUACCUGGAUUCACCGGAGUACUUUGUGAAACUAAUAUCAACGAAUGCCUGAGCGGACCUUGUCAGAACGGAGGAACGUGUAAUGAUCAAGUAAAUCAGUAUACCUGUGCUUGUCAAUCAGGAUUCACGGGAACCUGGUGUGAAAUUAAUAUCAACGAGUGUCUAAGUGGGCCAUGCCUUAAUAGUGGUACCUGUUUAGAUGGAAUCAACAGAUAUACAUGUCAAUGUGCUCCUGGCUUUACCGGUCUCUUCUGUCAAAUAAAUAUCAACGAAUGCGCCAGCGAUCCUUGUCUGAAUUCAGGCAAUUGUGUGGAUGGAGUGAACAUGUACGUUUGCCUAUGCACAUCAGAAUGGACGGGAAACAGAUGCGAAAUUAGUCUAAAUGCAUGCCGCAGUAGUCCCUGUCAGUAUGGAGGAACUUGUGUGAACACGGGCACCAACUACAUUUGUGAAUGCAACCCUGGAUAUGCAGGAAUCAACUGCGAAAUCGACAUCAAUGAGUGUUCCAGCCUGCCAUGUCUGAAUGGAGGACAGUGUAUCGAUGGAAUUGCAAUGUUUACGUGCCAAUGCCAGCAAGGAUUUUCAGGAAUGUUCUGCCAAGAUGUCGGAUACUGUGAUCUGGAAGGAGUAUGGUACAACGAACUUAAUGAUAGGAUCACCCUCACUGGCACGACAACUGGAAUGCUCCUGGGAGACUACAAGGAUAGCGUCGAACUUUUAACAGGCUACACCGCUGCCACUGUUGUUGUUGGAUACGCCAACCGCAACUGCGACUUCCCAUCCUUCGGUUUCGUCGUCACCCGGGACAACGGCUUGUCGACCACCAGUUGGUCUGGACAGUGUCACUUGUGUGAUGGAGAAGAGGUACUCUAUACCACAUGGACCAACACUCAACGAGUCACCACGUGCGUUGAGGUCAAACGGGCAACACUAAUUGGCCAAGACAAGUGGACUCGCUACCAGCAGAGCACUGCACCCCGGGAGGAUCCAUGAGAAGCGGCUGUUGUAGGUGAAGCAGAUCAACAUUAAGAGCUUACCUUAUUACACAUAUGGAAAUAAAUGAAUGUAGAUCACUAGGUGAAGGGAUAUCACUUUUCUAUUUUUCCUAAAUGUUUUAUAAUUUUUUUCUCUAAAUAAUGAAUAUUAAAAGUAACGUCCAAAGUUAACGACGUGAGGUUAUAUGGGUAACGUUUAUGUUAUUGAAUUUCCUUUAAUAUAACUACUCCCCUCAUCGUAAUUUUGCUUAUAUUUGUGCUUGAAAUGUCAAUCAAAAUUAUUCUUAAUUUUUUAAAGGUCGUUUUAUCUUCCAUUUGAUAUGUAUUUGAUACAUCUUGUAAUAACCAAGUAUUUUUUUCUUCAUCUGAGGCAUAUAAAUAUACGGAAAGGAACAGUUAUUGUUUUCCUUUUUAUAAGAUAAACGUAUAAAUACAUUAUAUUCUUUUUCCUUGCUAAAUGAGCAGAGUAAAUAUGAAUAUAGAGUAAAAUUAUAAGGAAUUUGUACCGCAAAAUCGAGUAAAACCUGAUGUGUGUGCUCCAGCCCAUUACUUAGCAUUUAGAGAGAUAUCAGGAAAAGACAGAUUAUUUGUAGUUAUUAUAAGUCUUUCAACUAGCUGAUUUGUAGGUGUAUAUGUAGCAGUACUAUGCAAAUCUUUAUAUUGUGUAUAUACGAACAAGUCUUUCAUAUUUUUGUACCCCAAAUUUGAAUUCAAAUUUGUUUAAAUGGUUGGGAUGCUUUUGUUCAUCCUUGCAAAAGGACACAUUAUUGUUAUCUGAUUCUGUUUCGGCUUUGCGAAGAGCUUCAGCCAUAAUCAAGAAUAUGCUUUCAUCGGUAAUGUGUGAUAAGUAUCAUUGGUCUCCGGCUCGUUAUCGAAACAGAAAAAUCUUCAUAACGGAACCAUUGACCCGAGUCUUUCAUUAGCAAACCAUUUAUUUUUUUUACUUUUAAAAGUAUUAUCACAUAAGCUAAUUGUUUUGACGCAAAUGUACCUUUAACAAAAAGUACUUUGAUACUCACAAAACGGAAUAGUGAUAUAUGUAAACAAAUUCAGUAUAGGCUAAGUAUUUGUUGAAUGAUGGUUUAUCAAAAUCAUACCAGUGUUUAUGUUUCCUUCUUUUUGGGCAGUGAUUUAUUAAAUCAUGGAACAUA